CUCGAGGGCGGCCCGCAGCCCGGCGGCCCCCGCCGCUGCCCCCCGGGCUCCGUGCUGCUCGGCCCAUGGGCCAUGAGGCUCGCGGCAUGGGUCGCCGCCUUCGUGGCCCUGGCCGCGGCGCGCGCCGUGGCCGCCAAGGGGGCCCGGCGCCGGCGCCGGACGGCUUCCGCCGUCGCCGCGGGCGGGUCUGAGGGCACCGCGCUGGCGCCGAAGGAUGCCAUCUUCGAGAAGAUGGACAGGGACGGGGACGGCUACCUGAGCCGGGAGGAGAUCGGCAGCACGGCCCGGAGGGCGGUCGAGGAGUUCGGCACCGUUCAGUUCAACGGCGAGUCUUCCCCUGGAGGUCAGAUCUUCGAGAUCCUGGACAAGGACGGAGAUGGCCUGGUCUCGAAGGCGGAGGCCGACGGCAUCUUCGAGCACGCCAUCGGGGAGCUGGGCGGAGCGGCCGGCCUCCAGGAGUUCGCGGACGGCUACGGGAAGGCGGCGGGCGGCCGCCAGGCUGGCGCCGCCAAGGGCAAGGGCGCGAAGUCCACGGGCAGGGGCAAGGGCCGGUCGGAGGAGCUCUGAGUCCCCGAGGCCGCGCACAUGUCAUUACACAUUCUGCGGGCCUCCCCCUCCGCCCCCCCGGCCACCUUCUCCUACUAUUCCUCCUGCUCUGCCUCUCAGGUGAUGCUCGCCGAUUCGGCCGUUUCUUCAGAGUCGAUGUUGCUGGGGAGCGCGCCAACCGCAGCUGCAUCAGCGUCUGCCGAUCCUGCCUUGGCCUGUCCUGGGUGCCAGGCCAGGGCACGUGGCCUCCUGGCCGGGAGGGAGUAGCUGCACGCCGAUCCUGGGCCCCGUUGUGUCAGCGCUUGCCGAUUCUGCCCUGGCCACUCCUGGGUGCCUCCUCCUCCUCCUCCUCCUCCUUCUUCAUCCUCCUCCUCCUCCUUCCUCCUCCUGCUCCUCCUCCUCCUCCUGGUCCUCCUGGUCCUCCUGGUCAGGAGUGGGUAGCUCUAUACGCCGAUCCCGGGCCCCAGAGUCGGCCAAGGCCAGCGCGGGCGUCUCCGUGGGUCGGCGUCCCCCGCGGCAGGGCCCCCCCCCCCUCCCCCGAGAGAGAGAGAGAGAGAGAGAGCUGCGUGAAGCGAGGCGCGGGGCCGUCUCCGCGGGCACCCCGUCCGCGCCGCAGAGGGGGGCAGACGGAGAGC